UGCAGUCUGCACCAGAGGGACCGGGGCGGACAGGUGGAGACCGAGAGACAACCUGCCUGCUGCGCCUCUCCUCCGUCCGCUGAGCUUACCCCGGUAGUUUCCACGGAGUCGGUUUGGCUGCCGUUUGCUUGUCAGAAUGAGUUUGUACGGGUCUCAGAAGGCCCUGAACAUGAGCCGCAGGAGCGGCUCCAAAGGGGAUUUGACUGGUGGGGGGACCCACCAUUACGCACGGAGCGAGGUCGUGCACGGAGGCGGUAAUGGAUACGAUCCCUACAUGGACGGAUACAACACCUACACCUUUUCAAAGACCUCUAUAGGCGGAAUGGGAGGCGGCAUGGGAGGCGCAACGAUAAGCAAUAAGGGAGGCGGCAUGGUGAGCGGAAUGCCAGGCGGAAUGCCGAGCGGAAUGCCGAGCGGAAUGGCAGGCGGAAUGGUGAGCGGAAUGGCAGGCGGAAUGGCGAGCGGAAUGGCAGGCGGAAUGGCAGGCGGAAUGGUGAGCGGAAUGGCAGGCGGAAUGAGUGGCUCCAACCUCAGUGCCAUCCACCAGAGGGCCAUGAUCCUACAGGGCCAGUGCCAGGAUUACCUGAAGAAAGCCGAAUACGCCCUUCAGUCUGGCAGUGCUCCGGGAGACGCAGAGCGCUACAUGGUGUUGGCUAAAGAGACCAUCGAGCAGCUGAAGAGCUGCGCGAUGGACCUGAGACAACUGGGACAGCCCAAUGACAACGUAGUCAGGACUUUGGAGAUGUGUAACGACCAGCUGAAGGGGGUCCACAUGGCCAUCACAGGCACCAUGCAGAGGAGGAGGAGCACCAGAGGGAGCUCCGGAGCCUGGGAGGAGCCUGGAAGAAGCUUCCACGACGCUAUGUCCUGGAUGGCACAGCGCAAGCGUCUGAUUGAAACAGCUUCCUGGGGAGACGAUCCUGCAGCCAUUGAGCAGCAGCUCAUCAGCCACCAGAAGUUUCACAGCUCCAUCCAGAGGAGCUCUGAACUGGACCGAGCCAGAGACGACCUGAUUAAGAAAGGAGACAAAGGAAAUCUUCAUGCUCUGGACCAAGAAUGGGACAGUUUACAGCAAAUGUCAUUUCGUCGGACUCAGCAGCUGCAAGAUUUACAGCAGAUCAUUCAGGAAAUGUCCAAAGAGAUCAUGUGGGUGAACGGCAGGGAGGAGGAGGAGCUGAUGUUUGACUGGGGAGACAAGAACAUCGACCAGUACAUCCCACGGAAGCAGGAGAGCUAUUCGAAACUGAUGAGUGCCCUGGAGGAAAAAGAGAAGGACCUGAAUAAACUGAAAGCCAAAGUGGAUACCCUCCUGAAGAACAACCAUCCAGCUUCAGACAAGAUCGAGGCUUACAAGGACACUCUGCAGACUCAGUGGAGUUGGCUCCUUCAAAUUACCAAGUGCAUUGAUGUUCAUCUGAAGGAGAAUGCAGCUUACAACCAGUUCUUCAAGGAGGCCAAUGAGACAUACAGCACCCUGCAGAAGGAACAUGAGACGGUCCGUAAGAUGGUCACCUGUGACAAGAACACUUCACUGGAGGACCUACUGGAGCUCCUCAGGGGACUGGAGAGGGAGAAGGAGAAGAUUAUGGAAAACAAGAGGCAGGUUCAACAUCUGGUGAACAGGUCCAAAAGCAUUGUGAGACUGAAACCCAGAAACCCUGAAGAGAAGAGCAGCAGCCCCGUCAUCGUCAAAGCCCUGUGUGACUUCAAACAAGACCAGAAGGUGAUCUGUAAGGGUAAUGAGGCGAUCCUAAAGGACAACAGUCAACGCACUAAGUGGGACGUUACAGGCCCGGGAGGACUAGCUAUGUCGGUGCCCUCUGUGUGCCUGAUCGUACCACCUCCCAAUCCACUCAGCAUCAGUCUGGCCAACAAGAACGAGCAGUACUAUGAGGCCAUCCUGUCAAUCUGGAAUCAGCUGUACAUCAACGUUAAGAGUCUCACUGCCUGGCAGUACUGUCUCCUGGAUAUCAGACGCAUCAACUCCCUCACCAUCUCCAUGCUUGCCCAGAUGCGCCCUGAGGAAUACCGUCAAAUUAUCAAGAGCCUGGAGACUCACUUCGAGGAGUUCAAAGUGAGCUGCCACGGCUCGCAGAUGUUUGUUGAAGAGGACAAGAAGGCCAUUGAGAACCAGUUCACUGGAGCCGAGACCCACUAUAAAGAGCUGGUGGUGCAGCUGCCUGCUUACAUUGCGCAUCGGGAACAAAUGGAAGUACAGCAAGCAGCCGAGCAGCAACACCAACAGCAGCUGAUUAUAAUACAGCAGCAGCAACAACAAGCUGCUGCCGAAGAGGAGGCACGAAGGCUCGAAGAAGAAAGACAGAGAAUGGAGCUGAAAAAACUGGCAGAGAGGAAAGCAGAAGUGAAGAAAGAGGUGGUGAAAAAAGAGCAAGUGGUUAAGAAGGAUGUAGUAAAAGUGACUAAGACGGAGCCGGUGAAGAGGAAGGUGAUAGUGCCCUCUUCUGCUUCUUCUGCUUCUUCUGCCUCCUCCUCAUCCUCCCGCAGCUUAUCUGAGCUGCACACGCUCAGACUGAGGCUGGAGGGCGCUGAGGGCACACUGAGUCAGCACGUUCACAUCUGCCUCGGAGACGACGGGGUGCACGACUGUGGCCUCAAGAUCACUCAGUUGGAGACGGUGCAGCGUGACGUUGACUCGAUGCGUGAGGAGUACUUACGUCUAAGGGAGCGUAUUUUGAAGGAGCUGGAGGGCAUGAAUGAUUCAGAUAAAUCCCAGUUCCUCCGCAGUGAGGUUGAGGUCAUCAACCAAAGACUGGGCAGUCUGGAGAGCAGCUCAUCAGCGUACCUACAGCGGCUGCUGGCUCUAAGGGUCAUGCUGGAGAGUGUGGCACAAGCUGAAGACAUAGUGAAAGUUCAUGAGGCGAGACUGACCGAGAAAGAGACCACCUCUCUCUCGCCUAGUGAAGUGGAGGAGUAUAUGUUGACCCUGAAGAAUAUUAAAGCAGAGCUGGAUCAGAAGAAGGAUGUCCUGGCCUCCAUGGAGGCAGAGUUGGCCAAGGCGAGCCACUGGAAUGGCCAGGUGGGCGGGCCCUUCCACAGGUGUGACAUGAUGCUGUCCAAAUACAGUGAGCAGGUGGGCCUGCUGUCAGACCGCUGGAGACGAAUCCAAGGACAGAUUGACACCAGACUCCAGGAUUUGCAGUUGUAUCAGCCUCAGCUGCAGCACUACAAGCAAACCAGCACCUCCCUUAUGGAUUGGAUUGAUGCCACACGCACAAAACAAGACGCCCUUCAGGCCACCAAGAUAGACAACAUCCAAGCACUGAAAGACCAUAUUAACAACCAGAAGGCCCUGAACUCAGAAAUCAAAGCGAGGAGAGAGACAGUAGAGAGUGUUCUGAAGGACAACGAGGCCUGUGUGAAUUCUAUCAAGGAUUAUGAAACAGACCUUGCCUCCUACACCUCUGGUUUAGAGACUUUGCUCAACAUCCCCAUCAAGAGGACAAUGCUGAAGUCGCCAUCGAUGGAUCUUAAUCAGGAGGCUACACAACUGCAAACCCGUUACAUGGAGUUGCUUACCCUGUCUGGUGACUACUACAGAUUCCUGGGAGAGCUGCUCAAAAACAUGGAGGAGCUCAAGAUUCGUAACACAAAGAUUGACUUGUUAGAGGAAGAACUUCGCCUGCUGAGGGAGGACAUCCAAGACCGCGACUCCAAGAACAAAUCUCUGGCAGACGCUGUUUCCCGCUACCAGCUGGAGUUGUCCCAGUCGCAGGACCAGCUGCUGUCAAUGGAGGAGGUGAAGCAAAACACUGCGCUGCAGUGCAAUGCCACCAAGGAGAGCCUAGACACCACACAGAGCCAGCUGGUAGACCUCACUGAUCAGGUGACACGUCUCAACUACUUGCUUGAGGAAGAAAAGAGGAAGAGGAAGCUCGCAGAGGAGCGCUACACUCAGCAGCAGGAAGAGUACGAGUUGGUGCUGAGGAAGAGGCAGAAGGAGCUGGAGAUGGUCAGCUGGUCCAAGAUGGAGGUAGAGAAGAGUGUGACAAGUAAGGAGCACGAGAUUGAACAGCUGCGGCAGCAGCUGGCUGAGGAAGCAGCGAGGGUCAAGGAGCUACAAAAGGAGAUGUCAAAGGUAAGGAGCCAAUGCAGUAUGGAGAUCAAUAACUUAAAGCUCAGCUACGAAUCCCAGAUCUACGUCAGCCGCACAGACAUUCAGAGGCUGACAGUCCAGAGGGAGGAGGAUACAGCUGAGCUCCAGCUGCAGUAUGACAGGAUGGUGGCAGAAAGGAGGAAUCUGGAGGAAGAGCUCAGGAGGCUCAGGAUGUCUAUCAACCAGGCUGAGGAACAAAGGAAGAGGGCAGAUGAAGAAGCUCACAGUCAGCGUGCUGUCAUCACAGAGGAAGGGCGCAGGAGGAGAGAACUGGAAAGUCAGGUGGAGGUGCUGAUGAGACAGAGAGACGAGGAAAGCAGCCAGUAUACAAAGGAGCUGGCUGAAGUCAUGAAGGGUCUGCAGGAAAAGAGUGAAGAGUUGGCCUACAUCACACACAGUCUAGAGGAGGAGACCCGCAGGAGGAGAACUAUAGAGGAUGGGCAGGGUGUGCUUGAACAGACUUUGGCCCAGCUGCAGGUGAAGCUAACCAGUUCAUCAAUGGCUGCGACCCAGCUGGAGCAGUGUGAGGAGGAGCUUCAGAAGAUGCGUUUGGAGCUGGAGAGGGAGAGCAGGGAGCGUAGCAGAGUAGAACAGAACAUGAGCAUAUUACAGGGACGCAUGAAGGACCUUCAGGCUGUGAGAGAUGGGCUAGAGAGUCAAGUGGAGAAUCUGAGGAAGGCAAACCAAGAGGAAGUGGCUAGAAGAAGGCAGGCAGAAACAGAGCUGGAAAAGACCACCAUAGCCAUGACAGAGUACACCAGCACCAUUACCACGCUACGCCAGAGCCAAGAACAAGCCAGCACAUCAGAAAAGAGAGGUGAAGAAGAGCGUCUUAGGUUGCAGGAGGAGCUGGAGAGAAGUUUGAGACAAAACAAGACCUCUGCAGAGAGCAUGACGCAGCUGAGUGCUGAGCUGAAGGCCCUGCAGCAACAACUCUUCCAGGAGCAGGCCAGAGUCAAAGAGGCAAACCUCAGGAAUGAGGGUCUUUACAGAACUAUAGAGGAGAGGAGUAAGGCACUGAAUGAGAACUCUGUUGAGCUUCAAAGGCUGAAGGAGAUGACAGAAACCCAGACCAAAGAGAGGCUGAGGCUGGAGGAGGAACUAAGGACAGCACGACGUGAUAAUGAGGAACUCCUGAGAUCCAAACAGGGAUGUCAUGAUGAGCUCUCCUCCCAGAUUAUUGCCCUGGAGCUGCAGCUGCAGUCCAGUGAGCGCAGCAAUGUAGAUUACCGCAACCUGGUCUCAGAGCUCUCCUCAGAGAGGGAGAAACUCAAGUUGGAGACCGAGAAAAUACAAAAGCAGGCCACCGAGACAACAGCCAUGAUGCAGUCCAUUCAGUCCCAGUACAGUGAGAUUGUGACAGAGAGAGAUGCUCUGUUGCUGAAACUGCAAUUGUCAGAAAUGGACAAAGAUCGCCUCCAAAGGCUAGAGGAGGAACUCAGUCGCAUUAAACUGUCCCUAGAGUCUGAGCUUCGCAAUAAGCAACGUCUACAGGAGGAGAAUGAGAGGGUGAAGAGGGAUUUAGGUUACUGGAAGGACCAGUAUGAUAGUAAGCAGGGCCUGAUCAGACAAUAUGACACAGACAAGGAACGUAUGGAGAGGGAAAAGAACUCUUUGAAAAGUGAGAUAGAGAGGCUGAUGAGGGAACUCAGGGAGCUUGAGGAGACAUAUAAAAGUAGGCUGUCAGCCAUCCAGAAAGAACUGCGAGAGGUGACCAUUGUCAGACAAACCAUGGAAACUGAGCUGAAGAACGUUAGAGAGCCCCCAACCUUGGAUGCCUCCACUGUGGUUUUUGAUGGAGUUCGCAAAACAGUCACAGCAAACCAGUUGCUUGACUGUGGUGUUUUGGACAAACCAACAUUCAGCCAGCUUGUGAAGGGGCAUAAGACUGUCCCUGAUGUGUCUGUUGACAAAAAAAUCAGUCUAAAAGGAACAGGCCCAAUAGCUGGGGUGGUAAUUGAAGUUCCGAAAGGUUCAGGGUCUCUUACUAGUCCCCUAUCCAAAAUGACUUUCACUGAAGCCAAGAAAGAGAAUCUCCUGCCAUCAGAUAGCGUUGACCUGCUGCUGGAUGCUCAGGCUGCCACGGGCCACAUAAUUGACCCCAGAACUAAUCAGAAGUUGACAGUUGAAGAGGCAUGUAAUCAAGGUGUGAUAGAUGAAGAGGACAGAGAGAGGUUGCUAGCAGCAGAAGCUGCAGCUGUAGGAUAUAGUGGUCCUGGCACAAGCAAACCCCUUUCAGUAUUUCAGGCCAUGAAGAAGGGACUGAUUGACAGGAACACAACACUGCGUCUGCUACAAGCCCAGGAGUCUGCGGGGGGCAUCCUAGAUCCCGUACUCAGUGUGUUCCUUCCCAAAGACACAGCCAUUGAGCGUAACCUAAUUGAUGAUGACAUAUAUCGUGCUCUGAAUAAGAGGCCUGAGCUCUACCUGGACCCAGAAAGUGAGGAGGGUGUAACCUAUAUGUCAAUGAAGAGGAGAUGUAAGGUAGAGCCACACACAGGCCUUCUGCUUCUUCCUAUCCCUGAGAAGGUAGACCCCUCCAAACUUGUCUUUGAUGGUGUUCGGAAACCUGCCACAGCCAAGCAGCUGCUUGAUUGUGGUGUCCUGGACAAGCCAACAUUUAAAAAUCUAGAAAUGGGGAAGAAAACUGUCCCAGAGGUGUCUGUAGACAAAAACAUUAAUCUGAAAGGGACUGGGCCCAUUGCUGGGGUUGUAGCUGGACGUCAAGGCAAAAUGUCUUUGUCAGAAGCCAAGAAACAGAUGCUUCUGUCUGAAGAUAGUGCAGAUUUGCUACUGGAAGCCCAGGCUGCCACAGGUCACAUCAUUGACCCCAGAACCAAUCAGAAGCUGACAGUAGAGGAGGCAUGCGCCAGAGGGGUGGUGGAUAUUAGGGAUCGAGACAGAUUAUUGGCAGCAGAGGCUGCUGCUGUGGGAUACAAGGAUCCUAGCAUAGCCAAGCCUCUCUCAGUGUUUGAGGCCAUGAAGAAAGGACUAAUUGACAGGAAGACUGGGCUACGCCUGCUGCAGGCCCAAGAGUCUGUGGGAGGCAUUCUAGAUCCCAACCUCAGUGUGUUCCUACCUAGAGACACAGCUAUCAAACGCAACCUUUUGGAUGAAAACCUCCGUCAAGCUCUAAACCAGAGUCCAGAGUGUUACAUUGACCCGGAAACUGAGCAUGAUGUCAGCUAUGGGGCUUUGAAGAAAAGAUGCAAGACAGAGCCUCACACAGGUCUGCUACUUUUGCCAAUCGCUGAGAGGAAAGACCCUUCUAAACUGAUGUUUGAUGGUGUCCGCAAGCCAGUAACAGCACAGCAGUUGCUUGAUUGUGGGGUCCUGGACAAACCAACAUUUAACCAACUAAUGAAGGGAGAGAAAACUGUCCCAGAGGUGUCUGUGGAUAAGAAGGUCUUUCUAAAGGGGACCGGAUCAAUUGCUGGUGUGGCAACUGGACCUUUAGGGAAAAUGUCUUUAUCAGAGGCCAAAAAACAGAUGCUCAUGCCCCCAGAUAGUGCAGAUUUUCUACUGGAUGCCCAGGCAGCCACAGGCCACAUCAUUGACCCCACAACCAAUCAGAAGCUGACAGUAGAGGAAGCAUGUGCCAGAGGAGUGGUGGACAAUAGGGAUCGAGAUAGACUCUUAGCAGCAGAAGCUGCUGCUGUGGGCUACCAGGAUCCUAGCACAGCUAAGCUUCUUUCAGUGUUUGACGCAAUGAAGAAGGGAUUAAUUGACAGGAAGACUGGACUACGUCUGCUGCAGGCCCAGGAGUCUGCAGGCGGCAUUCUAGAUCCCAACCUCAGUGUGUUCCUUCCUAGAGACACAGCUAUCGAGCGCAACCUUUUGGAUGAGGACCUCUGUCAUGCUCUAAACAAGAGGCCUGAGUGUUACCUCGACCCAGACACUGAGCGUGAUGCCAGCUAUGGGGCUUUAAAGAAAAGAUGCAAAACAGAGUCUCACACAGGCCUGAUACUUCUGCCAAUCACUGAGAGGAAAGACCCUUCCAAACUGAUGUUUGAUGGUGUCCGUAAGCCAGUAACAGCACAGCAGUUGUUUGAAUGUGGAGUUCUUGACAAGCCAACAUUUAACCAGCUAGUGAAGGGGGAGAAAACUGUCCCAGAGGUGUCGGUGGAUAAGAAGGUCUUUCUAAAGGGGACCGGAUCAAUUGCUGGUGUGGCAGCUGGACCUUUAGGGAAAAUGUCUUUAUCAGAGGCCAAAAAACAGAUGCUCAUGCCCCCAGAUAGUGCAGAUUUGCUACUGGAUGCCCAGGCAGCCACAGGCCACAUUAUUGACCCCACAACCAAUCAGAAGCUGACAGUAGAGGAAGCAUGUGCCAGAGGAGUGGUGGACAAUAGGGAUCGAGAUAGACUCUUAGCAGCAGAAGCUGCUGCUGUGGGCUACCAGGAUCCUAGCACAGCUAAGCUUCUUUCAGUGUUUGACGCAAUGAAGAAGGGAUUAAUUGACAGGAAGACUGGACUACGUCUGCUGCAGGCCCAGGAGUCUGCAGGCGGCAUUCUAGAUCCCAACCUCAGUGUGUUCCUUCCUAGAGACACAGCUAUCGAGCGCAACCUUUUGGAUGAGGACCUCUGUCAUGCUCUAAACAAGAGGCCUGAGUGUUACCUCGACCCAGACACUGAGCGUGAUGCCAGCUAUGGGGCUUUAAAGAAAAGAUGCAAAACAGAGUCUCACACAGGCCUGAUACUUCUGCCAAUCACUGAGAGGAAAGACCCUUCCAAACUGAUGUUUGAUGGUGUCCGCAAGCCAGUAACAGCACAGCAGUUGUUUGAAUGUGGAGUCCUUGACAAGCCAACAUUUAACCAGCUAGUGAAAGGGGAGAAAACUGUCCCAGCAGUGUCUGUGGAAAAGAUGGUUUAUCUAAAGGGGACUGGACCCAUUGCUGGGGUGGUAGCUGGACGUCAAGGCAAAAUGUCAUUGUCAGAGGCCAAGAAACAGAAGCUCCUGUCCGAAGAUAGUGCAGACUUGCUACUGGAAGCCCAGGCUGCCACAGGCCACAUCAUUGACCCUAAAACCAGUCAGAAGCUGAAAGUAGAGGAGGCAUGUGCCAGAGGGGUGGUGGAUAUUAGGGAUCGAGACAGAUUAUUGGCAGCAGAGGCUGCUUCUGUGGGAUACAAGGAUCCUAGCACAGCUAAGCCUCUCUCAGUGUUUGAGGCCAUGAAGAAAGGACUAAUUGACAGGAAGACUGGGUUACGUCUGCUGCAGGCCCAAGAGUCUGUGGGAGGCAUUCUAGAUCCCAAUCUCAGUGUGUUCCUACCUAAAGACACAGCUAUCAAACGCAACCUUUUGGAUGAAAACCUCCAUGAUGCUCUAAAGCAGAAUCCUGCUUCCUACCUUGACCCAGAAACUGAGCAUGAUGUCAGCUAUGGGGCUUUAAAGGAAAGAUGCAAGACAGAGCCUCACACAGGUCUGCUACUUCUGCCAGUCUCUGAGAAGGUUGACCCCUCCAAACUACUCUUUGAUGGUGUCCGUAAGACAGUAACAGCACAGCAGUUGCUUGAAUGUGGGGUCCUGGACAAACCAACAUUUAACCAACUAAUGAAGGGGGAGAAAACUGUAUCAGAGGUGUCUGUGGAUAAGAAGGUCUUUCUGAAGGGGACAGGGUCAAUUGCCGGUGUUGCAGCUGGACCUUUAAGGAAAAUGUCCUUUACAGAGGCAAAGAAACUGAAAAUUAUGUCUUCUGACAGUGCUGACAUGCUACUAGAUGCUCAGGCAGCCACGGGCCAAAUCAUUGACCCCAGAACUAAUCAGAAACUAACAGUAAAAGAAGCAUGUGCUAGAGGAGUAGUGGAUAAGGAGGAUGAAUCAAAGUUGUUUGCAGCUGAGGCUGCUGCUAUAGGUUACAGAGAUCCAAAUACUUCCAAGCUCCUGUCAGCUGGCCAGGCCAUGAAGAAGGGAUUAAUUAACAAGGACACAGCUCUACGUAUACUUCAGGCUCAAGAGUCUGUAGGGGGUAUUUUGGACCCUGCCCUGGGUGUAUUCCUACCCAAAGACAUUGCCAUGAAUAGGGAUCUCAUAGAUGAGGACUUAUACCAGGCCCUCAAUCAGUAUCCUGAGUGUUAUCUGGACCCAGACACCCAACAAGCAAGUACCUAUGUAUCUCUGAAGAAGAAAUGCAAAGCAGAUCCAAGCACAGGUCUUCUGCUUCUCCCUGAACCUAAAAAGCCAUUAACUGUCCAGGGGCUCAGGGGACAGGUGUCAGUCAUUGAUCUAGUGGAUGCAAAGCUGCUGGAAUGGUCUGAUAUGGACCAACUGAGGGAGGGCAGAUUGACAAGCCAGGACAUUGAAGACCGCCUCCACUCCUACCUGAGAGGUUCUACCUGCAUAGCAGGAGUUUAUGAUGAGGCCAGUGAUAAGGUGAUGCCCAUAUAUCAGGCCAUGAAAGAUGGACUGUUGCGACCUGGGACCACUCUGGAACUGCUUGAGGCCCAGGCUGCCUCAGGCUUUAUAGUUGAUCCUGUCAACAACCUUUACCUGACUGUAAGUGACGCCUACAAUAAAAGACUGUUUGGGCCAGAGUUUAAGGAUAACCUGCUAUCAGCAGAGAGGGCUGUGACCGGUUACAAACUGCCUGGUACCGACAAGAUUAUCUCCCUCUUUCAGGCCAUAGAGAGAGGUCUAGUGGAGAAAGGUCAUGGCAUCCGUCUACUAGAGGCCCAGAUUGCCAGCGGUGGUAUCAUUGAUCCUGAACACAGCCAUCGUAUUGACGUGAACGUAGCCUACAAGAGAGGUUACUUUGAUAAUGAAAUGAACAAGAUCCUGACUGCUCAGAGUGUUGAUACUAAGGGUUUCUUUGACCCUAACACAGAGGAAAACCUAACCUAUCAGGAGCUUAAGAAACGCUGUAUCACAGAUAAGAAAACUGGCCUCAUACUUUUGCCUAUCAUGGACAAGAAAAAGCUAGAUUCAACUCUGAAGAACACUCUGAGAAAGAGGAGAGUGAUAAUUGUGGACCCAGAGACUAAUAAAGAGAUGUCGGUACGUGAAGCAUAUGACAAAGGGUAUAUUGACUACGACACCUUCCUGGAGCUGUCUGAGCAAGAGUGUGAGUGGGAAGAGAUCACUAUCACUGCACCAGAUGGUUCCACUCGGUUUGUUAUCAUUGACAGGAAGACUGGAAGACAGUAUGACAUUACUGAGCUGCUUGAAAAGCGAGUAAUUGAUCAAUCAGUUCUAGAUAAGUACCGAUCGCGUAUCAUCACACUUACUCAAUUUGCAGAUAUCAUCACCAACAAGACCAAACAUGGAUCAUCAUCUUUAUCAUCAUCAUCAACUUCAAGACCAUCAGCAGCCUCAGGUACAUCUUCAGUGAAAUCAUCAUCAUUAACUUCAAGAACAUCGGCAUCUUUGGGUACAGUGACAUCAACAUCAACUUUAAGAAAAUCAGAAGCCUCAGUUCCAUCGUCAGUGACAUCGUCAUCAUCAUCAGUCCUGUCAAGACCCUUAUCACCUACUCUCGCCAAGAUGACCACAACAAGAACUACCACUGUCACAGAGCGAAGUGCCGCAAUCAGGAGUGUAGACCGAGACUCACUUGACUCCCUUCGCAAUAUAUCCAGUGUAUCUAUCACUCUGGCCUCCCCUGUUGUAACACUGGGUGAACAGGAACCUGUGGGUGCCAUCUUUGACACAGAGACUGUAGAGAAGAUAUCCAUCACUGAGGCUCUAAAUCGUGGUCUGGUGGAUUCCAUCACUGCCCAGAGACUGCUGGAGGCCCAGGCCUGCACUGGAGGAAUCAUCAAUCCCACAAAUGGCCGUAGGCUCAGCAUCCAAGAGGCCUCCCGCCUGGGCAUAAUAAAUGACGACAUGGCCCUUAAGCUCAAGCCUGCCCAGAAAGCCUACAUUGGCUUUGAGGAUGUAAAAACCAGGAAGAAGAUGUCUGCUGCUGAGGCCAUGAAGGAGAUGUGGCUGCCAUAUGAGGCAGGGCAGAGGUUCAUGGAGUUCCAGUUUGUAACAGGGGGGCUUUAUGACCCAGAAAUGGGCUGUAGAAGAACCAUAGAAGAUGCUUUGAAAAUGGACUGGCUGGAUGGGAGAGCAGCUCAGAGGCUCCAAGACAUCAGACACCACACAAAGAACCUGACCUGCCCCAAGAGCAAACUUAAGAUCUCUUACAAGGAGGCUCUGGAUAGUUGCCUGGUGGAGGAAGGCAGUGGGGUAAAAAUGCUCCAGGCAUCAUCUGUGUCUUCCAGAGGGAUCAGCAGUCCUUACAGUGUCUCCUCUGCCCCAGGAUCCACCACUGGCUCCAGGAGUGGCUCACGACGAAGCUCCCGCAGGAGCAGUGUGGACUUAGGCUCCCCCAACUCCUCAUCAACUAGUCGCUACAGUCUUUCUAGCUUCACCACCUUCUCCUCCACCAAAUAAAUCAAGAAAAGGUGCUGCUCUUUUCUUGCAAAUGAAUCAGAAUUUGUUAAGAGUAUUUUGAUUGUUCAGAAAAGAAAAUGUGUGUUUUGUAUAUGAGGAGAAAAAUUCAAAGAUAAUGUUCUUCAAAGAUAAUGUUCUUAAGCUUUUUGCAUAGUUUCAGAUUUUAGCUUUGGUGUUGUUAUGCUUUUAAAAUGCUAUAGCUCAAAUGAUCAUGAAAAUGAACACUACCAAGAUAUUUUUGUGGAAAUUGACUAAAGUAGUAAUGGCAGCCAUCGUAAGGUAUUUGGAUUGAAAAUAAAAUGUAUAUUAAUAUAAUUGUUGGUGCCCCUAAAAUAGGCAUAGAAAUUGCCAUAUUCUUACAUACACAUAUUUCAAAUAUAUUUUUCUAAAUCUUCAUGAAAUGUAAUUUCUUUUUAAGCUUUGCAUUGGUAAGAUAAUGGUGUUAAUGUAUGUUUUGUGAGGUGAGAGAUGCAAGGUUGGGUUACAUAUUGACUACAUUUUUUUUUUUUUUAACUGAAUCAGUUGUUAACCAUUUUCUAUUUCACCGGUUUAUUUCUAUUUAGUGCUUCCGGUUUUGUAAGUUUCUCAAUAUCUCAAAAUAAAAGCUAACCUUUGAGUCUUUUGCUCA